GGCUGGUGUCAACGCUUACGGUGGAGGUCGUAAGAACCCCCAAAUGGCGCACAUCCGCCUGUUCGAUGCUAGAAGCUACAAGAUAUUAAUGGAGUGUGAUAGCCCGGGGAAGGACAUUAAUGUUGUCUCCAUGAGUCCUUGUACGACGUUCAUCACGGCAAGCUGCACAGACGGCAACACGUAUGUGUACGACAAACGUCGUCCCGACCACAUCUUGCAUACCCUGAAGCACGAUGAACCUCUUACAGUCAUGAAUGACUUUGAAAUCGCAGAGGACAAGGACACUGGAGUAGCUUUGUCGAUCUGGACUUCAUAUGGUGACAAACUCUUCACUGGCGGCUCCGACGGAAAAAUGAAGGUCUGGGAUUGCAGGUUAAGUAAUCCCUUUGUGGAGGAUUUUGCUCAGAUGUCAUCGUCCAUCGUUUCGGCCGCCUUCUCGCCGGCUAGUGACAAACUCAUCAUUGGUGAAAGCACUGGCAACGCGACUAUGUUCGCCAUGCACACAGCUGGAAGUGAUCUCAGGGAUUUCAAGAUACAGGAGGCGGAGGCAAGCGAAAGUGACAGGGAUGAAGGCCUCCGGGCUAGUCGCGAGCUGCUGAAGGCUGGAAAGAUUGCCUUGCGCAUGUCAUCAAAGGGAUAUAGGUGCGCAUAUUCCACUUCCUAGAAUGUAUUUGGGGAUAUCCACCGUUUUGGAGUUGGCGGCGUUGGUAUUAGUGUAACGC